GAAUUAUUGUUGACGAAAGUGCUUUAAUUAAACCAAAAUUCGAAGUCAAACAAGUUAAGGUUACAAAUACGACUGAUAAUGGGGAGAUUGAUUAUACCACUGGAUAUGAUGUCGUGGAUGCAAAAAUUCCAAUGUCUACCGUAACAAAAAUUAUUGAUAUGAAACCCAUAGCUGUUUUACAUCUUAACUAUCGUUCUGUUGAUUGGCUGGCAAAAAUAGGAUUUCCUAUGCCAAUUUUAAAUAACAAUGUUGUCAUGGAACAACCAAGAGAGAUCAUAGAAAUUGACGUAGAUUCAACUAAAAGGAUCAUGGAAAUCAAUAACAACAACGUAGAUCCAACAAAAGGAGUCAUGAACGAUAACAUCAAAGUGGAUCAAACAACAGAAUUCAUGGAAAUCCUAGACCCAAAAAAAGAUUUCAAAAUUGGUAAAAUCGGUAACAUCAACGUUGACUCGACAACAGAAUUCAUGGAAAUCCUAGACCCAAAAAAAGAUUUCAAAAUUGGUAAAAUCGGUAACACCAACGUUGACUCGACAACAGAAUUCAUGGAAAUCCUAGACCCAACAAAAGAUUUCAAAAUCGGUAAAAUCGGUAACAUCAACGUUGACUCGACAACAGAAUUCGUGGAAAUCCUAACAAAAGGAAUCAUGAAUGAUAACAUCAAC